AUGGAUACUAUGGACGUUUCAGACUCUUCCGCAGUGGAAAGGCACAUAAAACAGCAGAAAUUGGCCAUAGAUCUGCUAAAUAUAUCAAACAGUGUAUAUCUAGGGUGUAGAGAUGAUGAAUUAUCGCAAUUGAAUGAAUUUUUAAACAGACCUGUUGAGAAGCAAGGAAAGAGUAUGUUUGUUUUUGGCCUGAGUGGAACAGGAAAAACCACGACAGUUAAACAUGCGGUUUCAGAGUUUACAAGUGAUAGGAAGAAUAUUAGGAGCAUAUACAUGACUGGAAGCGGAUAUGAUAGUAUUAAGGAUUUCAUAAUUGACCUAUUUGAUAAAUUGCUGGGUUACCCACAAAAGAAGACUAUAAAGUUGCUCAAAUUGGCCCAAAAUGGAAAAAGCAUCGAAUAUAGUAAAAUGUGUUUGUUGUUAACCUCUCUAUUCAGGACUGUCAAGAAAGUCACUAUUCUUCUCAUUGAUGAAGUGGACUAUUUGCAACACUUUACCAUCUUUAGAGGAGGUAAAAGAAACUCUAAUUGGCUUCUUCAAGCAAUAUUCAAGGCUUCAAGUGCAAAGUUGAGCAAUGUUGCAACCAUUGCAAUUUCAAACAAUCUGGAGCUAGCGACAAAAUUGAUUACUGACAACUGCAUUAGACUGAUGUUUAAACCGUACACUGAACAGCAAAUGGUUUCUAUUGUGACUGAUAAGUUAAAUACACUUGAAGAUAAAAGGUCUAUUGUAAAUAAAACGGCUCUUUUGAUUCUUGCAAGAAGAGUAGCGAACACUUCGGGUGACUGCAGAGCAUAUCUGGAUUCGUUUGUUCGCGCUCUGACCACAUCAAUGUCUAACCUAGAGAAGGACUCCCAACCUUUGACUGAUUACGAAGCUUCCUUAUCGCACACACCAUCCGUAGACAGCUCAAGAGUUUUGGUGGACGAUGUUGAGACCCCAAAUGAUCUUGAUGCUACAUAUAGCACUCCAGUUAGGAACAUAAAUACUAUAGAUGUCGAGAAGUACAAGGUGGAUUAUAAUGACAUAAAGAGCGUUACACCCACAUUGUCUUUGAACAAAAAGGAGUCUGUACAACAGCAGCUAUCUAAUCUCCCAGUACUGCAAAUGCUAUUGCUUUUAGCAUCUUGCAAGGCCGCAGUGAUAUCAGACGAGGACAAUGUGACGUCUAGUGACAUUAAGAAAACAUUUCUGGAAUUGGGAGAAAUCCUUUUAAUGGAAUCUGGUGAUAUUGAGGCAUUUUGCAAUUCAGAAUUUGAAUCAUCCAUAGAUACUUUCAGGCAGUUAUCCUUAUUUUCAAAAAGCGAAUACUUUGAUUAUGAAAGCAUUGGUUUCAGAACAGAUCCAAUGCAGUUGGCAGAGAUUAUUUUGCAACUGAAUCCCGCAUUUGGAACUUUAACUUUGGAGGACAUUAGAGAUCCCAAACUGAUGUUAACAAAGAGAUACAGCAGCCUUGCAAAUAUAUUUGACCUUAAAAAGGGGAAGAAGACCAAGAAAAAACUUUGGUGGUCUAAGAACUAG